CUAACUAUUAUUAGAUUCCUAUGGUAUAUAUAUAAUUUGUAAACUCAGUUUUAUGCAGAAAUUUUGAUUUGUUCUUCUUAACGACGAAUAUCAAAUACUUCAGAUUGAAAUGCAGAACAUAAAACUUCUAGUUCUAGGAGAUGGUGGUGUUGGUAAAAGUUGUCUUUUGAUAUCACAUACUACUAAUGCUUUCCCGAGUGAUUAUGUGCCAACGGUUUUUGACAACUACUGUUCAAAUGUUAUGAUCGAUGGAAAACCUGUCUGCGUCGCAUUAUGGGAUACUGCUGGUCAGGAAGAUUAUGAUCGACUUCGUCCUCUGUCUUAUCCACAAACAGACAUAUUUCUGCUUUGUUUCUCCAUUUCCAGUAGAGAUUCACUAGAAAAUAUCACAUCAAGAUGGAUACCCGAAUUAGAUCAUUUUAUACCAGACUGUCCUAGAGUUCUGGUUGGAUGCAAGUCAGAUUUGCGUGCUUCAAAUCCAGAUGAAUGUGUUCCUCGCACAGAAAUAGAAAAAAUUGCAAAAGAAGCUGGGUUAGAAUAUUAUGAGACCAGUGCACUAACGCAAGAUGGCUUGAAACGUUGUUUUGAUAGCGCAAUUCAAUUCGGAAUAGCAGGAAACCGAAAAAAGACAAAAUCUAAAUCAGGAUUUGGAAUAUUUAAGAAGAAGAAACCAGAUGACCCCAUCCCUCCAGUGAUGCCUCCAGCUGGAAAGGCUCCUAGGAUAGAAAUAGAAACUUCGACGUUUUCAGAAGAUUGGCAAAAAAUGUUAGAGGAUCCUAAAUUUUCAGAUGUUACUUUUUUAUUGGAAGAUGGGCAACAAAAACUUCAGGCACAUAAAUUGGUUUUAUGCUCCGCAUCCAAAUACUUUUGUCAAAUCUUGGGAUUGUCAAAUAGCAAAACUAAUCAACUUAAAAAUGUUGACAACAAACAAAUAUCUUCUGAAGAGUUAAACUCUGGUAGAAUAGAAGGCAUUGCAGCGGUAUAUUUAACCGAAGAAACUCACAAGACAACGAUAACGACAGUCGAAAUCAGUUCAAAUAUCUCUGCUAAAACAUUUGCACGGGUGCUGGAAUUCAUAUACACAGGUGUUCCAAGGAUUCCAGAAAUUCAUGAAGAUUUUUCAGAAGUACAGGAACUAUGCCGAGUGGCAAAAAUAUUCAAGCUUUCCAUGCUGGAAACUAUUUGCAGAAACAUUGAGAACGAAGAAGACUUUUUAAAUCCGAGUAUUGGUACCUAUCUCAACGAUGAGACUGGAAAGGAAAUGAAAACCUUGUUUUUUAAUAAACCAUCAUGCUGUGAUGUUAUCUUUAAGGUCGAAGAUCAGAGUAUUUAUGCCAGUAAAGUGGUACUGUGUGCCAGAUGUCCUGUGAUGGCAGCUAUGUUUAGUGGGAAAUUUGUGGAAAGUGACAAUGAAAUAUUAACAGAGGUAAACAUACCAAACACGUCAGUGGAAUGUUUUCUUGCCUUGUUGGAAUACAUGUAUACAGACCAUGCUCCAAUCGAAGAAACAGAUUCUGUUGGCAUUGUGGUAUUGGCAGAUGAGUAUGGACAGUCUCGAUUAGUUGGUCUGUGUGAAUUGUAUAUAACAAAAGAAGUUGAUAAAAGUGUCACAAAACGGAUUGAAAAAGCGGAGAUUGAUGUUAUCGGUCUAUUGCUCACAGCUCAGGCAUACAACGCUAAUCAGUUAGCCGGAUGGUGUUUACAUUUUAUUUCUUCCAACUACAUAGCUUUUGAAAGGAGGCAAGACUUUUCCAAGUUAAAAGGAGAGAACAAAGAUCAUGUUGAAGAACAUCGCUGGCCUCCUGUGUCGUACCUUAAAGAGGUGGAAGUUUUUGAAGCAGAGAUGAAGAAAAGAGGCGAAAAGUGUAGAAUAAUGUGAGGUCACUGGUUAUAACAAUGACGGAUUUUAUAAAAGCGUUCCAGGGUCGUUGAAAAUUUUGCAUUAAUGUGAUUUUAUCAAAAGGACCGUUGUAAUUCUCCGAUCCAGACUAUCAGGUAGAGAUGUGGGGAAGAGUUUACUUGGAUCUAUAUUUAUUUACACUUUGUAAAAAUAACAAUGGAAACAAUAUACAUGUAUUGUCACACGUUGAAAAUAUUGCUUUAUUUAAAAGCAUAAAGACAUCUUUUUUCCUCUAUAUUCAGUAUUUCUAACAUGGUUCUAAUUUCAUUUUGCAAAACUUCCAAAGGGAACUAUAUAUUUAAUGCAUAAAACAAAUGUUAUCUUACUUAUUUUCAAGAUGUUAAAGAACAUCAUUGGCCUCCGUUGUGUAGAGGACGUUUAUGAAGCAGAGAUGAAGAAAAGAGGCAAAAAGUGUAGAAUAAUGUGAAAAAAUAAAACAUAUAACAAAUGU